AUGGGCGUGAGAUUUGGAACUUCAGUCGGCAACAUCAACGAAGGGGCAAAAGGUGCUGCGCUCCAGGGGACGAGGCAAGGCGACUGCCGAGAAGUCGUCAUGGUCUCCCGUGCUGGCCCUGAUUCCCAGCACGGAGACGUGGCCCACCAAACGCGUCAAAAGUGGCUGGCGAUGGGAAGACGAAGGGCUCAAGCGGGAGAGGCGGGCGGUGGCCAAAGGCUGUGGGCGCCCAUGAAGAAAGAAAUCGUCUCUGCCAUCUUGAUUCUUGUGUGCCCAAGGCACAUCACGCAUCGUGCAUGCGAGAACAAGCGCGACAAGGCCAAAAGCAGCACUGGAUUUUUCAUGCAACACGGUCUGGUGCAUCGGCAUUGA